AUGGGAAAAAUCUUGGAAAAAAACAAAAAUGAGAAGUUGAAAAGAAUAACAAAUAUGGUGUUCUAUACUGAAACAUUGAGGCUAAUCAAGUUUUACCUGCACAGCUUUUCUUUUGAUACAUCGGCUAAAUCUCUUCAACACUUUGCGGAUUUGCAAAGUAAAAAAGGAGAUCAGAAAGAUCAUGGCGGUUUAGCUGGGGAAACAUCAGUAUUCAAUGCCGGAUGUACAGAAAACCGCAGUAGAGGCAGGUCUUCUGGUGACAGCAGCUCUGUGGAGUACAAUGACAUUAGAACGAGCGGCAUUCAUGUACGUUGUGAUGAUCAAAAAUGUUUAUUUCUUGAGGAAAUGCGAAUAUUAAUACUGUCGCUCAUACCAACCGUUGAAAAGAGAUCUAGAGAAUCUCUGCAAAGGUACCACCUGUUUGUACACUUAAUCGAAUUGUCGCUGGACUGUCAAAAGUCAAAAUAUCAAAAGGUUAGCGAGUUUUUAAAUGCCAAUUUUGCCUUAGAUGCAGACGACAUUAUUGGGCAUGCGUGCAGAGGAAACUACGGCACACUCAUAAACAUAAAUCCAGAGCUGGGGCCUGCAGUGGAGGAGUUGAGUAUGCAUAGAGAAAGGGCUCUGAGCAAUAAAGAGAUUCAGGAACUGCAGAGCAAGUAUAAAAUUCCAAAAUUUUUAAUGAAGAUAUUAACCGGAAAAUUUAGAGAUUUUAAAAACAGUUUAGAAGAAGAUUGUUAUUUUCUGUUGCAUGGCCUACGAACGUGUUCUUCCAACGUGUUUUUGAAAAUAUUUGAUGGUGAUAUGCAGGCUCUAUCUUCCCAGGAACAUAGUUUUACAAAACUAAUGUUUCUGCUGAUCUAUCCUAAUUCUGACUUAAGAACCUUUGAGAGGUGUUUUGAAGAUCUGUUUUUCGAAACAUUUGAUGACGACUAUCUUAUUGGAUUGGACUUUCUCGCCUUCUCUCGAAAGUGCCAAUUUUAUUUCGAUUAUUUGAUUCAAAAUAUUCCCUUGAACUGUGUCACUGUCGAGAGUCUAGUCAGGUUUGCCACCAAGAAUGGCUUAAGGAAGGAGCCAAUAAUUGAGAAGUUUGGAUGCUUGCUGCAGGACCAAAAGGAGUAUGAUCAGCUGUGUAGAUUUAUUUUAAAUAACAAAAUGAAGGGCUUUAAGUAUAAAAAGGACUUUUUGGAGUACUUUAUUGAUAAUUUUGAUCGAUUCAGAUUUUUCAUAUCAGAUGAAAUGGCGGAAGACAGGUCCAUACAGUUUAUAUCAAGUAUGAGCAAUAUUGACUUCGUUGACGAAACGUCUCUACGAGACAUGUUUAUUUCUGAACACUUCUUUUGGUUUAUUGAUAAAAUUAUGAGCUCCCUGUCAGUGCGAACUGAUUUGAGCGAGAAGGUGAUAUUAGACCUGAUAAAUACACUUUUUGAGCAUGAGAAUCGAUUUAGAAUGCCCUUGAAAGAGUAUAAAUCCAUUUUAGCCAAGAAGCUCAUCAGGUGA